ACGAAAUUUAAAGCUAGGCAAAUGAGCGCUAUUGAGUUUCAAAACCCAGCAAGAAGGGAAGAAAAAACAACUGAGUUCUUCGGCUCAUCGAAAAGCAAGUGAAAUAUCGGCACAAUAGGACCGGCAUGUGGCUUUCUUUUUCAUGGUGUUCUUGGAGAAUAAGCCAAGAAUUUAGCACGGAUCCUACUUUCAUCCACAACGACAACUAGGGCUGAUACCCUGCAGCUUUCCGACCCACCUCCAUUUUCUGCGUUUCACUUUUCUUUCUUCUUAGAUCCACGUUCGCCAAAGUAAAGCGAGAUCGCAGGCGAGAGAGGAAGGCAUGCCGGCUGUUGAGGUCCAUCAAUUUGCUCAGUGCAUUACCUGCCACGCAUGGAGUCCCGAUCGAACGAUGGUUGCAUUGUGUCCAAACAACACUGAAGUUCAUAUCUAUAAAUUUACUGUGGACAAAUGGGAGAGGGUCCAUGUUCUCUUUAAGCAUGAUCAAAUUAUAUCGGGGAUAGAUUGGAGUCUCAGUUCCAACAAAAUUGUAACUGCAUCUCAUGAUAGAAAUUCAUAUGUUUGGAAUCAUGAAGGAUCUGAGUGGGUACCUACUUUAGUCAUUCUUAGAUUAAACCGUGCAGCUCUCUGUGUUCAGUGGAGUCCUAAAGAAAACAAGUUUGCUGUUGGGAGUGGAGCUAAAACUGUUUGCAUUUGCUAUUAUGAGCCAGAGAAUAACUGGUGGGUCAGCAAGCUUAUAAGGAAAAGACAUGAUUCUUCUGUAACAAGUGUUGCUUGGCACCCGAACAACAUAUUACUUGCAACGACAUCCACUGAUGGGAAAUGUCGAGUCUUCUCUACAUUCAUCAAGGGCAUUGACAUGAAGGAUUCAGGAACAAGCUCUUCACGUGAUCUAAAAUUUGGAGAGCAAAUUGUGCAACUUGAUCUCUCAUCUAGUUGGUCAUUUGGUGUGAAGUGGUCUCCAAGUGGCAACACCUUGGCUUAUGCAGGUCACAACUCAACGGUAUAUUUUGUAGAAGAUAUUCACAACUCACCUUUGGCACAGAAUGUGGCAUACCGUAACCUACCUCUGCGUGAUAUUCUUUUUGUUUCGGAGAGAAUGGUGGUCGGUGUAGGUUUUGACUGCAACCCGAUGGUUUUUACCAAGGAUGCUACAGGGCUCUGGAGCUUUGCUAAAUUCUUGGAAGAGAGGAAGUCAGCACAAUCAAAUUCAAAAUAUGGCUCACAAUUCUCUGAAGCAUUUGGAAAGCUGUAUGGGCAAUCCAAACAUGGAGUCAAUGAUGGCGUCGAUUCUUUAAGGCCUCGUGGUAUAGCUCAUGAGAAUACCAUAACUUGCAUCGUGCCUUUACGGAAAGAAGGGGAAAAAAUUGUGAGGCGUUUCAGCAGCUCUGGAUUGGAUGGUAAAAUUGUGAUCUGGGAGUUGGAUGACAACGCAGAGAUUCCAGAGUAAUACAGAGUUUGUUCUCAUUAGCAGUAGUCUAUGUUUUAAAUGCAGCCAUGGAAUGGCUUUCUGGUGAUCAGAAUAGCUCUUAUUGUGAUAUGGAUGAAACAAUACCUCUAUUUUUAUACGCUUAUACUUGUGAAUUUUUCUAUUAUUUUGAGAAUUGAUUUUUUUUU